AUGGCAGCUUCCAAAGACACUCCGCCCUCCUUCGCCCUUUCUGGCUCCUGUGCCUUGGAGAGGAUGGUCGGCUGGAAACCCUUCACGAUGAAAUCCAUUGCACUUUCCGCAUUUGGGUUUUCAUCGUUAGUGGUUGCAGGCGUAUUGGAAUUCUUCGCACAGAGAAGCUUGAGACAAGGCGGCCUUGCACUCUCGACAACUGAUUCCGACGUUCCCACCUUUGUCACCUUUAGCUACCAGUUCUUACCCACCAUCGUUGCCGUAUUCUACAGCUUGGCCUGGGCCUGGAUAGACUCGGAUGUGCGUCGGAUGCAGCCAUGGCUCGAUCUGUCCCGUCCCGGGGGCGCCUCUGGAGACUCAACACUAUCAGUCGACUACCCGUUUGAAUUUCUGGCCUUUGUGCCCUUUAAAGCAUGGAAGAGAAGGCAUUGGCCAGUUUUCCUCACCGGCACUGCGAUGAUGGUCAUCUUCUGGCUGAUAACGCCACUGCAGAGUGCCAUUUUUGGCAUGAGAUCUGUCAAGGUUUCGAAAGUGAUCGGUCUGCGCCAUGAUGUCGGCAUGAUUCCUCUCCAAGAACAACAAAACCGUAUUGAUGUCUCCAUUUUGAAUCUGGCGUAUGCGACAACCUGGCUUGGGCAGUCUUUGCCCGCAUUCAGCACGCCAGAAGCUUCUUUGCUUCCCUUCCUUCCGGCGGAAGAAUUUCAAACUUUUGGAAGUAAUUACACAUAUACUGGGGAGACCGUCGAGUACGCAACAGACUUGCAAUGCUGGCCUGCAAAAUGGCGUCGGCCAUCUGGACAAGAGACCUUCGAGGCGGACAAUGGACGCGGGUGCCUUACCAACGUGACUGUACCAACAUCGCAUGCCGUCAAGGGCGGCGAUACCACAGUUCUUCUUUAUGUCGGCUGGCAUCAGGAUGCUCGCUCGGAUUGGUGGCUCGCGUCUCCGACAUGUGGACCACAAGCAUCAAACCAGUUCCUUGCUCUAUGGACAAAGCUAGACAACCUCCAGAAUGCGACUCUCAUAUUCUGCGAGACAUCUUAUGCGAAGCAGACUGUCUCUGCGACUAUCUCAGGAAGCUCACACGAACCGCUUGAACGCCUGCCGUCCCCAGUCGGCAACCUGCAAGUGCUUGGGAGCGACAAAUUCAACAGCACAGCGUUCGAAUAUCUCAUUGGCACGGGCGUCCCGGACAACUUAAGUCAUAAAGGUAUUGGGCAAGUGAUCUACCUGGACCAGACUGUUCGUCUUGAUGCGUAUCGCAUUGCUUACCCAUUCACCAAUAUGGUCGGCUUUGCUGUUGGAUUGUACAAGAACGGGUCUGUCGAUGAUUUCCAGAACCCAAUUGUACUUUCCAAAGCCUUUCGUGAUGCCCACAAGGCAUUGUUUUCGGUUGCGAUAUCUCAGCUCAUGUCUCCCAUCCCUCGCGCUGUGGAGUUCUUAGGCAGCGUUGACGCUGAGCUGUUCGGUGUCGUCGUCAGCAGGCCGAUAUCCCUGGUUGUGGAGAUUCUGCUCGUCGUCGUGGCCAUCAUUUCAGGAUUUCUUCUCUUUCUCUGUUCUGGAUAUGAGAGCAGUCUCCGCAAUGAUCCUUCCAGCCUUGGUUCAUUACUCGAGAUGUUGCGCUCCAGCGAGAGUCUACUUGGGGAUUUCACCACGAUGGAUAGACUCAACGAUCACGACCUGGCGGAACAGAUAUCUCAGAAACAAUAUCGUUUGGAAAAAGCCACACCUGGCGCCUCAGGACUUAUCCCUUGUUCUCAACUACGCAGAGUUGAUCAACAACACGAGACGAAAUCCGGAUAUUACUCAUCAUCGAGUUGGUCAUCAUACGACUACCAACCAGUUCGACCGAAAGAAUUACUUCCCGUGACUGGACUCAUUCUCAUUACCAUACUGAUCUCGGCUACGACGUUUCUGAUCUAUCUCAAACGUCAGGAAGGAAUCACAGGUGGCCUGCCGCGACCUACGGAUAGCUUCGAAGUGCUACAGAUCCUCGAGAACUACUUGCCCACGAUCUUUGCGACUUUCUUGGAGCCUUUUCUGGUACUGCUUACUCGAUUGGCAUGUGUCUUCCAACCGUUCCACCAGUUGAAGCAAGGCAAGGCGUCCUCGCAGACGACGCUGGACAUCUCGUACGAAUCGCUCCCGCCUCAGCUCAAUGUCUUGAGAGCUCUCAGAUCCGGAUCAUUCUUGCUGGCAGCAAUGUGCUGCUUAUCGCUGCUUGUCAACAUUCUUGCUGUGGGAAUGGGUGCGAUUUUCAAUGAAGCAUCCGCGCAGGUCGGAUACCCAGCCAUGGGACGCCUAGUAAGAGAACCAGCACUCGCCAGGAACACUAUCCGCCCGCCCACAUACUCUACAAGAUACUACGAAGCAUUCUAUAUCCUUCUCGCGAACACGAGUGCCGGGACCAGACUUCCACCGUGGACUGAUUCAAAGCAUGUUUAUUUACCUUACGAAUACCCAAACAACCGCGAACAAGAUCAAUCACUACAAUUCCAUACCUUGACCCGUGGAUUUGGGUUCGAUCCAAACUGCUUGCCCCUUUCGAUGUCUCAAAACGAUCCGGUGCACGCCAAUUACUCCUCAUACUACUUCAUUUCGAGCUUCCGGAACAACCUCUUGGUAUCAUUCAAGAAAGAGAAUGGCGCGGAGCUAUUAUGCUAUUUAGAUCCCUACGUCAUUGAAGACAACCAUGUGCAAGGGCCGGCGUCUGUGGAAAUGAUUGGCACGCUUCACCCCUUGUCAAACAAUGAUAGGACCGUAACACAGUCCCUGCCCGAUGACGGGUCCUGUGAGGCCAAUUUCGUGGCGGUAUGGAUGAAGGCAAACCAGUCAACACACGGGGGAGACAGCACUACCACAGGGGUACUGUGUCAGCCGGAGCUGAGGACUGCCAUGUUCAACUUGACGACAGACCGCGGCGGCUACGUGCUCGACUCGAGGAGAGUGGGAGGGUUUGAUGACUUGUCAAAGAUGCUCUCGCCCGGGCAGAUCCUGAACCUGACGAACGAGGCAAUAAGAUGGGUAGGAGAUCCUGAUCGGGUUAAUGUCGGCCCAGCCUGGCACAACGACACUUUGUCAAGAGAUUGGCUGAACUACCUUGCGAAUAUCGAACUCAAAAGCACGCGACUGGUGGAUCCUCGCGAGCCAGUGGUUGGCAUGGAAGACGCAUUGGCGGUUACCACGAGGUUCUUUGAACGAACAAGUGCAGCGUUACUUGGCGCCAAUUUGGAUAUGUUCAGAGCCAUCAACGACACCUCUCAGCCCGUGGGUGGAGUUGUCGUCAGGAGAGAGAUCAGGAUAUUCAUGAACAACCCGGCAUUUCUGAUUAGCGUGGUCAUUCUCGGAAUCAACAUCAUCGCCCUGACAGUGCUGUACGCGAGGGAACGUGAGCCAUACCUCCCGAGGAUGCCGUCCUCGAUCGCAUCGACGAUCGCUUAUGUCGCCGCGGGACGAACAGUUGCCGAGUAUAGACGGAAAGGGAAGGAUGAACGAUCAUACGGUACAGAAGACGGCUCAAUAGAGAAGAUGAGCAGGGAGCCAACCUACAGCUUCGGGCACUUCAUUGGGGUGGAUGGCAAGCCUCACAUUGGGAUCGAGGUUGACCCAUUCGUCCUGCCGCUCGAAGUGUCCAAACAGAACGAGAUGUCUUUUGACAAAGCCAUGUCUGAAGAGCUAAACGACGAGGUCGAAGCCAUCAACUCCAUCUACGGAGACGGCUCUCUCGUGCCCUACCCCGCGGACAACAACACCGGCGGCGGCGAAUCAGACACCUACAUCCUCCAGCUGCCCGGCGAGGACCCGUCCUCCCUCCGCCUGCAGUUCCCGCCGGCCUACCCGGCCGAGCCGCCGUCCGUGCUCGGCACCCACAGCGCCGGCGAGAACGCCCGCCGCGGGGCCGCGGCGCGGGACCUGCGGCUCUUCCGCGACGCCGUCGCCGCCGUCUACCAGCCGGGCCAGGUGUGCCUGUUCGACGCGCUCGAGGAGCUCUCGAGGCAGCUCGAGGCGCUGCAGGAGGCCGCGGCAGCAGCAGAAGACCCAGAGGAGGCGUCUCCGCCACCGUCAGAUGCCUACGGUAAUGACGACGGCGACGACGGACAUGCCGCGGCGGCGGGAGACGACCUCGGCCCGGAGCCGGCGUGGACGCUCUCGGACCCCAUCGCCGAGAACAAGUCCGUCUUCCUCGCGCGCGCGGCGCCCGCGUCCUCCCCCGCCGAGGCCGCCCGCUGCGUGGCGCACCUGCUCGCCACGGACCGGCGCGCGCGCGCCGCGACGCACAACAUCACGGCGUGGCGCAUCCGCUCCUCUUCGUCCUCCUCUGGCGCCACCGCCGCAGCGACGGUCUUCCAGGACUGCGACGACGACGGCGAGACGGCGGCCGGGGGCCGGCUGCUGCACCUGCUGCAGCUCAUGGACGCGUGGGGGCUCGUCGUCGUCGUGACGCGGUGGUACGGCGGGCAGAAGCUCGGGCCCAGGCGGUUCGCGCUGAUCAACCAGGCCGCGCGGGACGCCGUCGUCAAGGGCGGGUUCGUGGCCGGGGCGGACCCGCCGGCGCAGCAGGGUGGCGGGAAGAAGAAGGGGCAUGGGAAGUGA